CAGUCGUACUUCUUAUUUUCAAGCCGUUUAGUUUAUAAAAAAUUCUACGUGCGUGAAAUUUUCGUGAGCACAGGUGAAAACAGAUUUAAGUCAAGGAGGGGGGCACCAGCGAUUGACCAAGCACCCACUUAGUAAUCACAUGUUGAUGCAACCAGCAAUGUAGUCAAGAUUUGUAUUAUUAUUUUGUUACCUUCAUAAAAUCAAAUGGCAGUUAUUAUCAGUUGGCCGAGUCAUUUUUAUUCGAAAAUAAAUAAAGUGUGUACGCUAAUGAGCGUUAGGUGCAAUAAUGGCCAGCGAAUUUCAAAACGGUCCAGACCAAAUUUUACCAGCGGAAGAAUUUACCACAACCAAUCCAGAUGUCCCUGUGCGUCUUCGUAUCCCUGAAAGUGGAAAAGCGAUUGAAACAACUCCUCCAGUCUCAAUCCCUGGACUUCUCAAACAAAGCGCCACCGAUUUUCCCGACCAUUCUGCGUUAGCAUACAAGGCCGAGGGAAAAUGGAACAAGAUAACAUACAAGGAAUAUUACGAAUUAGUUCGAACUUGUGCUAAAGCUUUCAUCAAGUUGGGUUUAGAAAGACACCAUGCUGUUUGUAUCUUGGGUUUUAAUAGCCCGGAAUGGUUUAUUUCAGAUCUUGCUGCAAUUUUUGCCGGGGGAAUAGCUGUGGGGAUUUACACAACGAAUUCAAGUGAAGCGUGUUUCCAUUGCGCCAAUCACAGUAGAGCGAAUAUUAUUGUCGUACAAGAUCAAAAGCAACUCGAAAAAAUUCUUGCAAUCAAAUCUCGAUUACCACAUUUAAAAGCCAUUAUACAAUAUGAAGGGACCCCGUCAACUCCUGAUGUUAUCAGCUGGGAAKAUUUAAUGAUAAUUGGAAAAGAUCAAGACGAUACAAAUCUCGAAAAAAUUCUUAGUAGUAUAGGAGUUAACGAAUGUUGCACUCUCGUCUAUACGUCUGGUACUGUCGGUAAGCCCAAAGCUGUGAUGUUAAGUCACGAUAACUUAACUUGGGAUGCGUUGUCGAUCUGUGAGCGUUUAGACGUAAAAAAGGGCGAAGAAGUUAUUGUUAGUUACUUACCUUUGAGUCAUGUGGCGGCCCAAGUGACCGAUAUUUACAUAGCAAUGAUGUACGCAGUUUGUAUUUAUUUCGCCGAUGCAAACGCUCUUAAAGGUUCCCUAAUAAACACUUUACAAGAAGCACAACCGACGAAAUUCUUGGGUGUUCCACGAGUUUGGGAAAAAAUGCAUGAAAAAAUGAUGCAAGUGGCCGCUCAAAAUGGCCGAGUUAAGAAGGCUUURGCUUCAUGGGCCAAAAGCCAAGCUUUACACUAUCAUCUUAACCGAAUUAAAGGGGUUAAUGGAAGCAGUUGGGGGUAUUGUCUCGCAAGCUCUGUCAUUUUUAAGAAAAUCAAACAAGCAUUAGGUUUGAGUCGUUGCACAUUGUUUGUAUCAGCGGCGGCACCUCUUGCUGCUGAUAUCAAGCGUUAUUUCUUGAGUAUCGAUAUGCCCAUAAUGGAAGCUUUUGGUAUGUCUGAGGCAAGUGGGGCACAUACCAUGUGCAAUAUGGGGUCGUUUGGUUUGGAAACGAUAGGAAUGGCACUCCCGGGGAUGAAAACCAAAAUACUUAACCCCGAAGAUGGGCAAGGGGAGAUCUGUAUGAACGGACGUCAUAUUUUCAUGGGGUAUUUGGGCGACAGGGAAAAAACAGAUGAGGCUAUUGACUCUGACGGAUGGUUGCAUUCGGGAGAUUUAGGACGAAUUGACGAAAAUAAUUUCAUUUAUAUUACGGGACGUUUGAAGGAACUUAUCAUUACAGCAGGAGGUGAAAAUAUACCACCGGUACCAAUCGAGCAGCUUGUCAAAUCGGAAUUGCCCCACAUCAGUAAUGUGUUUCUUGUUGGAGAUAAGAAAAAAUUCUUGUCGGUCUUAUUGAGUUUCAAAACCGAUGUUGAUUCUGAGACUGGUAGACCAUUGGAUACCUUAAUACCCAGUGUUCAAGAUUGGUUAAAAAGUUUAGGAUGUCCGGCGAAAACCGUCACUGAGAUUCUAGAAGCAGGACCACAUCCCAAUCUUUUAGAAGCACUCAAAGAAACGAUCGAUCGAGUUAACCAACAAGCUGUUUCCAACGCCCAAAGAAUACAAAAAUUGUCAAUACUUCCAGUUGAUUUUUCGGUAGCUACAGGGGAAUUAGGACCAACAAUGAAAGUCAAACGAAACGUAGUGGCUGCCAAAUAUGCAGAUAUAAUAGAAAAAAUGUAUGUAUAAAAAAAUCGUUCAAUAAAGUGUUUUGGAAUAGUA